UUUCCGGUUCCUGGGUCUUGUGUGUUGCUUGCUUGUGGUUCAAACGCGUAUCGAAGUGGAGAAGCUGAAUAUAACAUUAUCUUUAACAGUGUUACACGCUUGGUGUAAUGACGGUAAACCUACGGGGUUAGGAUAGGCAUCUGAGCUGAAAUAUUGAAGAUCGAGGGGAGAAACGGAGAGGAACGAGUGUAAGUUCAUCCUGUAGUUUGUCUGCCUGGCUGCCCUGUCAGUCAUGGCGGGUUUGGAGCAGUGGGUGAGCGACCAGCUGCACGAGAUCCUGGGCCUCAGUGAUAAGUAUGUGUCCCAGUUCCUGAUCGGGACGGCCCGCCGCAGCAGCAGUGGAGCCGACUUCAUCCAGCGGCUGAGAGACACGGGAACUAUCGACAUUGACCACAGGAUCACUGCCUUCGCUGAGCUCCUCUACAGCAAGAUCCCUAAGAAGCAGGCAGUUGAGAAGCCAGCCCGAGCAGUGGAGAGACACGCCGUGGAGAUGGAACGCAAGAACAGAACCUACACCCUGCUGGAGGAAAGCGAAAGCGAGGGAGAGAGCCAAAUAGUGGAGGAGGAGGAGAAGAGGAGGAAGAGGAAGAAGGAGGAAGGGAGGGAGAGAAAGAGGAAGCACCUGCGACAGAAACGGGCAGCCUCGUCGUCAUCGUCGGAGGAGAGUGGGAGCGAGAAGAGUGGGAGGCUGGCUUCCCAGGCUCAGCUGGGAGGCAAGCGGGAUGGAGAGGAGGAGGAGGAGGAGGAGUGGGAGAAAGAGGAGAGGGAGCGGCUUCAAGACCUGGAGGAGAGGGAUGCCUUUUCGGAGAGAAUGAAGAAGAGAGACAAGGAGAAGACCAGGCAUGUGCUGGAGAGAUCCGACAAGAAGGGUUAUGAAGAAGCUCAGAAGAGGCUCAAGGUGGCAGAAGAAGGCCAGAGAGAAAUGCUCCCAGAGUUGCGUAAGAAGUCGCGACGGGAUUACCUGGCGAAGCGCGAGGCGGAGAAACUGGAAGACCUGGAGGCAGAGAUAAUGGAUGAGGAGUACCUCUUCUCCAAUCAGGAGCUGACUGCACACGAGAAGGAGGCUCUUAAAUACAAGAAGACUGUCCGAGACCUUGCCAAGGAGUACAAGAAAGCAGGGCAGCAGGAGAAACUGGAAAAGAGCAACCGAUACUACAUGCCUGAGGAGACCAGGAGCAAGACAGUCCCAGAGCGCUAUGUGGAGCCAGAGUCGGAGGGGGGUACGGGCUGGGCCCCGCGGGAUGAGCAGAGGCGCUGGGAGGAGGAGCAGCUAGGGGCCGCCGCGCUGAGAUUCGGGGCGCGGGACGCUCAGGAGAGGGGGAAGAAAGAGAGAGAGAGAUACCAGCUGGUGAUGGAGGACGAGGAGAUGAUAGACUUUGUCAGCAUGGUGACCAUGAAGGGAACAGUGGACAAGGAUGAGAAGGGAGACUCUGAGCUCUCGGAGGCUCAGAAGCAGAGACUGUCGAUCCAGGAGGUGCGGCGCAGCCUCCCAGUGUUCCCAUUCAGACAGGACUUGCUGGCAGCUAUCAGAGAGCACCAGGUCCUCAUCAUCGAGGGGGAGACAGGGUCUGGCAAAACCACCCAGAUACCGCAGUACCUGGUGGAGGAGGGCUACACAGAGAACGCAAUGAAGAUCGGCUGCACUCAGCCCAGGAGAGUGGCUGCUAUGAGCGUGGCUGCUCGUGUGGCACAGGAAAUGGGGGUCAAGCUGGGGAACGAGGUGGGGUACAGUAUCCGGUUUGAGGACUGCACCUCAGAGCGCACGGUUCUCAAGUACAUGACCGACGGCAUGCUGCUGAGAGAGUUCAUGACAGAGCCUGACCUGGCCAGCUACAGCGUGGUGGUUAUCGACGAGGCUCAUGAGCGCACUCUGCACACGGACAUCCUGUUCGGUCUGAUCAAGGAUAUCGCGCGCUUCCGGCCCGACCUCAAGGUGCUGAUUGCCAGUGCCACCCUCGACACCGAGCGCUUCUCUGCCUUCUUUGACGACGCGCCCGUCUUCAGGAUCCCGGGCCGUAGGUUCCCAGUGGACAUCUUCUACACCAAGGCUCCUGAAGCAGACUACCUGGAGGCCUGUGUCGUCUCAGUGCUGCAGAUCCACGUCACUCAGCCCCAGGGCGAUGUGUUGGUAUUUCUCACUGGACAGGAGGAGAUUGAGGCGUGCUGUGAGCUGCUCCAGGAACGCUGUCGGCGUCUGGGCUCCAAGAUCAGCGAGCUCCUGGUGCUGCCCAUCUACGCCAACCUGCCCUCCGACAUGCAGUCCAAGAUAUUCGAACCCACGCCCCCCGGGGCCAGGAAAGUUGUCGUGGCGACGAACAUCGCCGAGACCUCCCUCACCAUCGACGGCAUCAUCUACGUUAUCGAUCCUGGCUUCUGCAAACAGAAGAGCUACAACGCCAGGACGGGCAUGGAGAGCCUCAUAGUCACACCCUGCUCCAGGGCCUCAGCCAAUCAGCGUGCAGGUCGUGCAGGGCGCGUGGCGGCAGGAAAGUGCUUCCGGCUCUACACAGCCUGGGCCUACAAGCACGAGAUGGAGGAGAGCACCGUGCCGGAGAUCCAGAGGACCAACCUGGGCAACGUUGUGCUGCUGCUCAAGAGCCUGGGUAUCAAUGAUCUGAUCCACUUUGACUUCAUGGACCCCCCUCCUCAUGAGACCCUGGUCCUGGCUCUGGAGCAGCUCUAUGCCCUGGGAGCCCUCAAUCACCUAGGGGAGCUUACCAAGCUGGGACGCAGAAUGGCUGAGCUCCCGGUCGACCCCAUGCUUUCCAAAAUGGUCCUGGCGUCCGAGCACUAUCGGUGCUCUGAGGAGAUUCUGACCAUUGCAGCCAUGCUGUCGGUCAACAACUCCAUCUUCUACCGGCCCAAGGACAAAGUGGUCCACGCUGACAAUGCGCGCAUGAACUUCGUGGUGCCGGGCGGAGAUCACCUGGUGCUGCUCAAUGUCUAUACCCAGUGGGUGGAGAGUGGCUACUCCACUCAGUGGUGCUAUGAGAACUUCAUCCAGUUCCGCUCCAUGAAACGGGCCCGCGAUAUCCGGGAGCAGCUGGAGGGGCUGAUGGAGAGGAUCGAGAUCGAGCUGACCUCCAGCCCAGAGGACAUCGUCCCCAUCCGCAAGGCAGUCACAGCUGGUUUCUUUUACCACACGGCACGCCUCUCCAAGUCGGGGUACCGCACGGUGAAGCACCAGCAGACUGUGUACGUGCACCCCAACAGCUCUCUCUUUGAGGAGCAGCCGCGCUGGAUCAUCUACCAUGAGCUGGUCUUCACCACCAAGGAGUUUAUGAGACAGGUCAUUGAGAUCGACAGCGCCUGGCUGCUUGAAGUGGCUCCUCAUUAUUACAAGGCCAAAGAACUGGAGGAUCCAUCCAGCAAGAAAAUGCCCAAGAAAGUGGGGAAGAGCAGGGAAGAGCUGGGCUGAGAUCUCCUCCCAGCAGGGACUCCAGGCAGCCUUUCACAGGAGGGAUAAUAACCAGGGCUUUAUACCACUCAAGAUGAAUAACUUUACUGCUGCAAUUAGCUGGAUUCCUGUCCCUGGCUUACUGUUUGAGUUGAAGCUAUAUUACUGCUGCUGGCACCGUGCCCUGUUGCAGGGAUGGAAGUAAGACUCGAGGGAUCCAUUCACAUUGAAGGAAUUGCAUCUCACAAAAUAGUAUUACAGGGAUGGAAAUAAGACUCCCGUUGCAGUUUGAUCCAUUCCUGGUUUUACUGUAAGCUUAAUAAGACACACCUGAGCUUGUUACCCAUACACUGGGGAUAAUGGUGCUCAUCGUAAAUCCUGGAAUGGGUGAAACACUGUACAGUAGGAGUCUUAUUUCCGUCCCUGUUAUGCCUGGUUGUACGGUUUGAAAAAAUAAUUAUUGGACAGUUUUGUAGAAGUCCAUUAAUUUCUUACAUGAUACAAUAUUAUGAUUUGACAGCUCCCUUACCUGGUUAUGAUGUUUGCAAUCCUGCAGAAUUCCUGCAGAGUGCCUCGUGCUUCAGUUACUUUGCGUUAUGGUGCUUGAUCUGCUUUUCAGUUCUAGUUGCCUGCUGUAAAUCAAUGUAACAGGCUAGCUCAGCCUUUAUAGAAAUAAGAGCCAGCGCCAUCUAGUGGUCCACCAAUUUAGAAACAAGUUUCCUUAAGUGUCCUGGCAAAACACUAGCUGUGCACUAGAGGGUGCUAGCGCUUACUAAUAUAAAGACACUGGCUGGUCCAGCCUAUGGUAGUCCAUGGCAGGCACUUUGAAUUGAAGAUUAGAGCGAUUUAAUACUGAUCUUGGAUUACCCAAUGUAAGGUAAGGUAAGGUACUCCACGAUUAGUGUGAACAGAGGUCUGAAACUAGACAUCUCAACACAUCAAAACAUAAAGAAACACACUUUGUUACUGGAGACCCACUCAAAACCAAUGCAAAUACAAUUAGCGAGAGAACAUUGCAACAAUGCAUGUGAAGUUAUUUUUUUAUGUAAGUUUUGGCACGCUAUUGGUUGGUGUUUCUUCAUGUAUUGACAAGGCUUUGCUGUGGUUGCUUCUAGGUGUGUGCUGAGAAACAUACUGUAAAGCUGAGGGAGGGACACAUUAGAUUUAUUUAAUACCUGCCAAUGAAUACUUAAAGGCAAUUAUGAGUAUGGGCACAGCCUUAAUUGCUACAGUAAACGCUGCUAGUUCAAGCACAGGUUGAUGGGCAGUGAAUCAUCACUCAACACAAACUAGCACUGAAGCUAAACAUGGCUUAGAUUGUAGAUUUCAAAUAAGACAUUUCAACAAAAUCGUGGGAAACAGUGCCGAAUUACAGUGCCAAAAGUUACAUUUUAAAACUGUCAGAUUUCAACAGAAAUAAGAAAUGUGCUUUUGUGCUGCCUUGAACUGCAUCCUGCUGUUACUAUUCAAACCACAAGGGGCACAAGAUAUUUAUUCUUAUGGAAAUUAAAGAUCUUAAUUAUUAUUUAGUCAUUUAGCAGGUGCUUUUAUCCAAAGUGACUUUUGCAUCACAGCUGCUGCUGCAGAGUCAGCUACAAUAGGACCUCGAUUUUAUAUCUCACCUGUUUGUUUAUACUUAGUUUUGCUAAAAAUGAAUGUAUUGGAACUCGUGAAAAACAUUUUGAAGAGCAGUCUUAUUAAAAGGUAGACCCACCCACUUGUUUGUUGUUGUUUUAUAGUUUCAUAUAAUAUUCAGCCGAUAUCUGGAGAUAAUUUCAAAUUUCUGUAUGAUUUAUAAAUAAAUAUGAGGGAGUUUGACUUUAAAACAGAUACUAAAAAAGAACAUUUCCAAUAGAAUUAUUGAUGAAUGCAAUUCAAUGGACAGAUGCAAACAAAGUAUGUUAUACCCUCUGGUGUAUAUUUUUAAAGGUUAAGUACCUUUAGUUUAUUUUUAGUUUAUUUUGUUUUUGCUGUCGAACCCUCCUCAGCAGAACCAUCGCCCACUAGUGGUCAAACUCAAAUCUAAAAAUGUUGUGCAUGUAUGUAUAUACUUUCUUUUUUUUUUUUUUUUUUUUUUAAAUGUAAUAAACAGUAUCACACAAAACUAACCCGAUUUGUUGUGG